AUGACCUCAGCGCAACUUUUUGGAAACCGCUACACAGUUUUCCGGAACGACCGAUCUCAUCUGAACAGCCAAAAGACGCGAGGCGGAGGUGUCUUAAUAGCUGUUUCAGUGGAGUUGAGUUGUCGCAACGAUCCUGCACCUGUUUUCAACACUGUAGAGCAGUUGUGGGUGAUAGUGGAAACGGCAAAUAGCGACAUUAGUAUUGGUGUCAUAUACAUACCCCCUGAUCGAAAGUCCGAUUCUCAGGUGAUUCAACAGCACAUUGACUCGAUAGGCAUGGUACUAUCCCGCUUGGAACUUAAAACUCCUGCUUUACUUUUUGGAGACUACAACCAAUCUGGUUUGCGUUGGUUUAUCCCGGACAAUGGUCACCCUUCAGUGGACACGCUGCAUUCUAAUAUGCCCGCUUAUUGCUGUUCUCUUAACGAUGGACUCUGCUGGCAUGGUCUAACACAAGUCAACAAUAUUUUGAUUGAUAACGAACGUUUGCUGGAUCUUGUAUGGGUAAAUGAUGAAACUUUGCCAAUUUGUUCUGUAUCUGCUGCACACGAGCCGCUGGUCGAGCUUGAAGCUGUUCAUCCUGCUAUCGUUCUUUCGUUAAACCUCUCCUCGACAAUAGUGUACGACGAGCCUUCGGAACUUAGGGCUUUGAAUUUUCGACGUGCUGACUACGCCACACUUACUGCGGCUCUUGGGGAGAUAAACUGGAAUGCUGUAUUGGAACCAUCCAUUAGUAUCGACAAUGCAGUUAAUUCUUUCAGUAGUACGCUGGAAAGUGUGUUCGCCCAAACAGUGUCAUUCUUUGAACCGCCACGAAAGCCACCAUGGUCGAAUCCACGACUACGCACGCUUAAGCGAUUGCGAUCAGCUGCGCUGCGGAAAUAUUGUUGUUACCGCUCUGCUUAUAACAGAAAUCAGUUCACCACUGCCAGCUGUCAAUAUCGAAACUACAACCGCUAUUUGUAUAAUAGGUAUGUAAGGCGCAUACAAAGCAAUCUUCGCGUACACCCGAAACAAUUCUGGUCAUUUGUGAAUACAAAACGCAAGGAAAGGGGUUUGCCUACUUCUAUGUUCCUGGGCAACAAUGUAGCUAACAAUGAAAAUGAAAAAUGCAACCUGUUUGCCGAGCAAUUUCAGCAAAUUUUUAACGAAUCGGUGGCGUCCCCCGAACAAGUUCGUGAAGCCAGUAAUGUAGUACCACGCGACGUAUUAUCAUUCAGAUUACCUCACAUCAGUCCAGAUGAUGUAGUCGCUGCCUUGAAUAAGCUAAAAAGUUCAUACGCUGUUGGUCCGGAUGGUAUCCCUUCGGCGGUUUUGAAGCGAUGUGGAGAAGUCCUUAGUACUCCGAUCGCGAUGUUCUUCAAUUUGUCCGUGCAGCAGUGUACAUUCCCUGACCGAUGGAAAUUUUCAUAUCUUUUUCCCGUCUACAAAAAAAGGAAACAAACGUGA